AGAAAUGGCAGCCAGUUCUGUCAUAAAAUUUCAACCACUGCGAUACGAUGGCCUCUGGAUCGAAAUGGACGGCGAAACAGAACAAAAUGUUCGAAAAUGCUUUAGCCAUCUACGACAGAGACACGCCGGAGCGGUGGAACAACCUCGCCAGAGCCGUCGGCGGGAAGACGGCGGAGGAAGUGAAACGGCACUACGAGAAUCUCGUUGAAGACGUCAACAAGAUCGAAAGUGGCCAAGUUCCUUUCCCCGCUUACACAAAAUCCGAACCCGCCGGCACAGGAUUUCGCUUUGUUGACGAAGAACAGCGGAUGAGGAGUCUACAGUUGCAUUAAGUAUGAAUUUGGGAUGAAUGUUGAACACAGGCAGGCUUUAGUUACUGUGAAGGCCAAAUGUAGCUACUUUUCUUCAGCCGUAUUUACUGUAUUUUCUAGUCUUUGUCCCUUUCUCAUGAGCUGUCAUCCCAAAUUGUUCUAUAUUUAAUGAAUACAUUACUGGUAUGAGUUAUUAGUGUA